AUGCUAGUAACCGGUCUAAAGGAAAAUACCAUGCACGCCAGUAUUUAAACGGAAUUGCUGAAGUAGCCAAGUAUUAGUACUAUCUGAGGAAUUUGUCGAAGCAUUCGCUUAGCAGUGAUCUAGUGCAUCUCAUUGCAUGUUUAGUUAGUGUCAAUGAGUGGACGUGCAGUGGCAAGAAGUAACAUUUUGAAACCAUUCAGCAUAUUGAAACAUCUCUCAUCGAGAAAAGGCUCUCGGACUGGUAACUCUGGAAACAUUCUAGAACUACAGGUUCUCACUCAAAUUGCGUUCGUUCCUUGAAAAAAGUAUCUGAACAUAGGACGAGAUGGGCUUCAAAGAACAAUCUCCAAAAUACACAAACAAGAGCUGGAAACCAACAGGAACGCAAAAUAGCACGACUACGACCCCUAGCUCGACGUCCAGCGGUAAGACAGAAAAACCCAGUGGUUCC